AUGUACUUCGAGCCGGGAAGCCAACCGGGUAAAAUACCACACAAUCUUCCCCAUGAUCCUUUCAAGGCCUGCGUUGUUCCUCGACCAAUUGGCUGGAUAUCGACAAUAUCGGCAACGGAUCCAGAGACACACAACUUGGCGCCUUAUUCUCAGUUCAAUAACCUCACAUUCGAUCCGCCGUAUGUGAUGUUCUCGGCCAACCAGAAACCGGACCAGCAAAGAAAGGAUACGGUUCUCAAUGCGGAGCUGACCGGCAAGUUCUGCUGGAACCUAGCUACUUGGCCCUUGCGCGAAGCUGUCAACAUCUCGGCUGAGCAAGUCGAAUACGGAGUGGACGAGUUUCAGCGUGCAGGUCUGGAAAAGGAGUAUAACCGUGCGCUGCCCGGAGAUCCUGUCCCCAUGGUGAAGGAUAGUCCGGUCAAGUUCGAGUGUGUCUAUCAUACCACUAUCAGACUGCCGGCCAACCCUCCCAUGGGAACUGUCGACGUUGUAAUUGGGAGAGUUAUAGGGGUGCAUAUCCGAGAUGAUGUCUUGACUGAUGGCAAGCUCGACGUCAGCAAGACACAGCCUAUUGCUCGUUGUGGGUACUUCCAGUAUACCGUGGUGCGAGAAACCUUUGAGAUGAUCAUUCCUGGGAUGGACGAAGCUACACGCGCGGGGCUGGAAGGAAACAGCGCGAUUCAUAGCAAGGUGAAAAUGUUGGAGAACGGCUCGGAACGGCCAGAUGGUGCCCGAGCUGUCAAUGGUCUUUGA